AUGACCAACUGGUUGCACCACCCCAAGGACGACAAGGAGUCCAACUGGGUGGCUUUGUUCGUUGAGAAGAGCAAGGAGGAGACCAACCUCUGCUCCGAUGAUAUCAUCCAGCUCUUUCUCUCGCGCCGGGUCCUGCCCCUCCAGCGCCGUGCUCACAAGAUGAGCCAAAUGUCAGGGCAAAGGGAUCCAACAAGGAUCACCACGCAUUCGCUGAGCCCCACGUACUUGGUCCUUAAGGCCAAGCAAAUCUGCCGGAACACCCUGCGGCCCAACAGGAAGUCCGACCUGAAGCCCUACAGCCGCUCCGAUCCUCCUCCGCCCAAAAACUUCUCCCGGAUCGCCAGGGAGGGGCCGGCUUCUUUCACCCCCAGCCGCCGGUUUCACGACGACGUGGACGCAGAUACCUAUGUGAAGGGAAAGCAUAAGAUGGGCCCGACGCACUUCAAGCGCCCCGCACCUCCUUCAGCCGAUGAGAACCCUCAGGUUCACGAGCAUGUGGCUCCCCUGGCGGCUAAGGUUGGCCAGGAGUUUCUGGAUGCUUUGGCCCAAGGCCAGGCCCCCAGGCCCCGGAAGAAUAAGGCUCCGGCUUUGGAUGCCGGCACCAGCGAGGUUCCGCCCACCAAGCGCCACAAGAAGAAGGGAAGCUCUGGGCCUCCCGGAAGGAAGCGCGGGCACGAGAUGCCGGGCUCCCCUGGUCCUUACCAGGAGUGCACCAGGUAUGAGGCCGGAAGCAUCCGGAGAUGCUGCCAGGACCUCUCCUCCUCACGCAAGUCCGAUUUUGAAGACACCGGCGCCAGCAACAUGGGCGCCGGUAGCGAAGAUGUUGGGCGGACGGAACCUCCGGUUCCACCCGUCCUUAAGAAGAAGAAAAAAGCCACCGCUGCUUCCCCCUCCAAACUUGUGCCGGAAACUUCCAUGCCAGCCACCUCCUCGCCGGCAAAGGAUGCUCCUGGGCCGCCGCCGGCACCUUCUGCCAGUGAACCUGCUUCUGCCCCUCAGCCAACUCCGGCGGAAGGCGCAACUGUUACCGCGCAUCAGCUUGGUGCGGCGGUCACCGCGGUGACCGCGCCCCCUUCCGGCUCCCAGGCACAAUCCAUGGUGCUGCACGUCAGCCGCGCCGCCGUCGCUGCCGGCGAUAAGGCCUCAGCUCAGCUGGGCCGGAUCGUCGAGCUUACCCGCGGCGAGGUCGACCCGGGCUCGCUCAGGGAAUACGCGGAGAAGUGGAACCGGGUGGAUCUCUCCCCGCCACUCGCGGCCUAG